AUGCUUCUACCAAAAGGCGGCGUGACCUGGAAGUCCGCCAAAGCCCGGCUGCCCCCUUGGAAAGCCAUAAUAAUGUUCUUGACACGGACCCGGUUCCUGGUCGCAGUGGCCCUCACGGGCUUGAUCGUCUUAUUAUGGAGGGGGAUCAGCGUGUCUACACAGCAGAUGUCAAAUUUCUAUUGCUUCGGUCCUUCGAAGCCUCCCACGCAAAUGUCGAAUAAUGAGCUGGUCGCCUGGAACCAGCACCUCCAGACGCCUGUCCUCUUCAAUCACCACGAACCUUAUGAAGUCAACGCCAGCACCAUCAAUCGCAUCGAUCUCAAUCCCAUUGUCUCUACACCCCGAGCUCUCAGCAAUCGUGAACGCAUCCUUAUCCUCACUCCUCUCCGCGACGCCGCUCCCUACCUCAUCAAGUACUUUGAUUUGCUCUCCGAACUCACGUAUCCGCACGACCUGAUCGACCUGGCUUUCCUCGUAGGCGACUCUGUCGACGACACCCUUGCAGUACUGUCCUCGGAGCUGAACCGCAUCCAACAAAGGACCGACAAAAUCCCCUUCCACAGCGUCCUCAUUGUCGAAAAAGAUUUUGGCUCCAAGCUCGACAUGAGCGUGGAAUCGAGACAUGGAUUCGCCGCUCAAGGCCCGAGAAGAAAAGCAAUGGGAAGAGCAAGGAAUUAUUUGCUCUCGGCGGCGUUGAAGCCCGAACAUAGCUGGGUCUACUGGCGCGAUGUCGAUAUUGUGGAUUCACCCAAGAAGAUCAUCGAGGACUUUGUAGCCCAUGAUCGAGAUAUUUUGGUUCCAAACAUCUGGUUUCACCGAUACGAAAACGGACGCGACAUUGAAGGGCGCUUCGACUACAACAGCUGGAUUGAAUCCGACAAGGGCCGUCGUCUCGCCGCUUCGCUCGAUAAAGACAUUGUGCUUGCAGAAGGAUACAAGGAAUACGAUACUGGAAGAACAUACAUGGCGAGGAUGGGUGAUUGGAGAAAUAACAAGGAUGAGGAGAUAGAGUUGGAUGGAAUUGGUGGAGUUAAUAUUUUGGUCAAGGCGGAUGUCCAUCGAUCUGGGAUCAACUUCCCCUGUUAUGCUUUCGAGAACCAAGCCGAGACUGAGGGUUUUGCAAAGAUGGCCAAGAGGGCAGGGUAUCAAGUCGUAGGAUUGCCCAAUUAUGUCGUUUGGCACAUCGACACGGAAGAGAAACCUGGAAAUGCGGCAUAG